AUGUAUUUGAGACAAUCCUCGAGGCUUCCGAGCCUAUUCGCCAAACAAGCCGCCGCUCGCCAGUUCUCCACGAGAUCUGCCUUGAGGCAAGAGAUUCGCGACGCAUACAUCCUCAGUGCUUCCAGAACGCCAACGGCAAAGUUCAAUGGAUCUUUCACGAGCGUCCCCGCGCCGAAGCUCGGCGCCGUCGCCAUCAAGUCCGCCCUCGAAAAGUCCAAAGUCCCCGUCUCCAAGAUCUCCGACGUUUACAUGGGCAACGUAUUGCAAGGAUCGGUCGGACAGGCGCCGGCUCGGCAGGCCUUGAUCUUCGCGGGUCUUCCGUCCAGUGUCGAGGCCAUCACCAUCAACAAAGUGUGCGCAUCAGGUCUGAAGGCGGUCGUCUUUGCCGCGCAGAACAUCCAACUAGGUCUGGCUGAGGCCCAGAUCGCCGGAGGCAUGGAGAACAUGUCAAAAGUGCCGUACUACGUCCCCAGAUCGUCGAGUCUUCCCCCUUUCGGACACGUACAGAUGGAGGAUGGCUUGAUCAAGGAUGGUCUCACCGACGUCUACGACAAAUUCCACAUGGGUAACUGCGCCGAAAACACGGCCAAAAAGUACGAGAUCACCCGCGAGAUGCAGGACCAGUAUGCGAUUCAGUCCUACGAGCGCGCUCAGGCCGCAUGGAAGGCAAAGGCGUUUGCCGAGGAGAUUGUUCCCGUCACGGUCCCCGGAAGGAAAGGAGACACCGUUGUUGAGGUCGACGAGGGUUACCUUGAUGUCAAGCUUGACAAGGUCCCCACUCUGAAGCCCGCCUUUGUGCGCGAUGGCACGGGUACCGUCACCGCCGCCAACUCUUCCACGCUGAACGAUGGUGCAAGCGCACUGGUUCUGGGAAGCAAGGAGAUCGCGCAACAGUACGGAUCCGGUUCUCGAGUUUUGGCCAAGAUUUGCGGCUCGGCGGAUGCAGCGGUUGACCCCAUUGACUUCCCGAUCGCCCCGGCCAAGGCGGUGCCGAUCGCGCUGGAGAGAGCCGGCAUCACCAAGGACCAGGUGGCCGUUUGGGAGUUCAAUGAGGCCUUUGCCGCUGUGAUCAAGGCCAAUGAGAAGAUUCUCGGAUUGGAAGGCGCUCGUGUCAACCCCCUUGGUGGCGCCAUCUCCCUCGGCCACGCCCUAGGAAGCUCCGGAUCGAGAAUUCUCGUUACGCUGCUGCACCAGCUGAAGCCCGGCGAAUACGGCGUUGCCGCGAUCUGCAACGGAGGAGGUGCCGCUACCGCUCUGGUCGUGCAGCGCGUCGAGUCUGUGUAG